GCUGAGGAGACUGAGGUCCAUAAGUGCCCAGUAGCCAAGGGCCUCUAUGGUUUUUGCUGCACAUACCGCUUUGUGGUAUGUUUGUGGUUUGUGGUUUCAGUAUACCUACAGGCAGAUGUACUACCACACUUAACCCGAUUUUCUAGGAUUUUCCAGAAAGAGACGGUCAACUUUCUGGCUAUCAAAGAGCAGGUUCCAGUGACUAUGGCAUGCCUGAAGAACAUCAAAGAUGCAGGUGAUGCACAGCCCCCUCGCUCAUUCUUGGCCCGACUGCAUAGUGACCUUGACAACCCUGCAGGAUUGGGUGCAUUUAACAUCAUCGAUGAGGAGGAAAGGGAGAGGAGAGGUAGAGGCCAGGUGAAGCCCACAAGAGAGGUUCUUUGGUCCCGGUACAGGACACAGGUAAUGGAACCCUAUCUUGAUGGCCUCCAGGACAGCCUUGACAGAAGGUUCCAAAACCUCAAUAUCAUGGGAGCCUUUCACGUGUUGGGGCCCCAAGCAGUCAAGCAUGAUGAUUCCAUCAACUUGGAAAACAUCAAAACCCUGUCCACCAAAUUCCUUAAGCAGCAUAUGCUGACUGGUGCAUUCAAGGAUAUGGACCAGCUUACCAUAAUGAGCAAACUGUCAUCCCAGCACGAUGAGUGGUAUCAAAUCUACCCCUCCCUCAGUAAGCUGGCAGCCAUUGCCCUUACAGUGCCAAUCUCAAGUGUCAACUGUGAGAGAGAUUUCUCCAACAUGAAUAAGGUGAAAACAGACUUAAGGAACAGGCUGCAGGGGGACCAUCUAGCAGCAUGCAUGCUGCUCAGCAUCAAUGGGCCACCUCUUUCUGAAUUCCCCUAUAACCGAGCCUUGGAGUUAUUUUUCCAAAAACCAAGAAAAAUUAAAUGCACACAGCAAGAAGAUGCAAUUUGUUCGAAGUUCAGACAGACCUUCCCCCACUGCUAAAAAAAAUCCUAAAGGAAACACUGAUACGAUACUGAAGACCAUCAACACCCGGUUCGACCUACUAGAUGAGAAGUUCGCCUCUCUCCAGUCGUCACACAACAGCCUGUAUGUCUACCUUUGGCAGUUUGGAACGGUAGAGGGGCACCCGGCUUGUUAAGUUGAAAAUGUUAGGUUGGUUAGAGAUGUGUUUACAAGCCAUGCGACCGGUGGCCCUCAGUCAGUAUAUGAGGGGGGAAAAGAUACU